AUGAUGUCGUCCUCUCGAUCUCUGUCUGUUCCUCAUUCCGACUACGAGUCAACCAAGCGUCGUCGUCGUCCUGCCCCGUUAGCUGCUGAACAAGCAACAGCAACAGCAUUGACAGACAACGAAGCCCACACCAAGCGCGCACCUACACCACUGCGCUACCAGCACCAGCACCACCGACACACCAACAGCCUCGGGCUGCCCAGUCCUAACGCAUCUGCCUCCUCGCUCUCCCUCUCUGCCUCCUCCGCCUCGCUCUCUCCGGCACGCACCCCACUGUACCCCUACCACGCCCCUCGCACGCCGCACACGCAUACGCACACUCCACUGCGCAGCGCCUCUGCGGCUUCGCUCGCUUCAUCGUUGACCGGAGCACCAGCACCGGCAUCAGGAGUACCAGGGUCGUCAUCGCCGCAGGCACGAACAGCAGUAUUGCUGCCUGGCACCACCACCCCCCAUACACAUACACCCACACCAAAGACACCCGCACCAGCCCAACACCAACGCCCCCUUUCACCCAGCACCCCCCGCGCACGCGCCAGCCCCUUCUUCCGCCUACUUCUUCCCUUCGCCGGCUCGCCCAGGUCGGACUCUACGCCAGCCUCUCCUAUCCCUACGCCUACGCCUACACCGUCGACGUCGACGUUCGUGUUUAACGUUAACACCACUACCGACAACGACAGUAACAUGGCGCUGCACCACCCAACGCCACAGCACCCACAGUCGCCCAUGACCACGGCCAUAGGCAACCAGCGCCCAACCACCCCCAGCCGCUCAGAGCGCCUCUUACGGGACGCUCUCCAGCGGGACGAGAAGGAGCGCAAUAACCUCAACAACGCUCAGCUGCCUUCGUCACCGCUGGUGUCGUCCUACCUGCCCCUGCCCCUGCCGUCCUCCCCCUCCUCGUCCCCAGCGAGGCCGACGCAUAGGAGGCGGCACUCGCAUGUGCCCACCUCCACCGCCGCCGCAACGACAAGGAGUAUGGCUGCAACGGGUUUGGGGUCAGCAAGAGUGGACGAGGAAUACACCUACACACGCGGCUCGUUCCUCUUCCGCACGCCGAUGAGCAACCCGUCGCCGCACGGGCCCGAGGCACCAAUACCGUUCUAUGGGGGUGAUGCGGAGGCGGAGGGGUCGGUGCCUAGCACGCCUAGUCGUGUCCAUCACCACCAACAACAGCCGACAUCGUCCUCGCGCCGCCCCCGCCCCCGCUCUAUACAGUCCCAGUCGCGGUCAGACGAGCGCAGCCCCUCGCCCUCGCCCAUGCCUACACACCGCCGUCGACGCCCGGGCUCGUUACAGCUGCAGCGCCCGUCGCCUUUAGUCCUCGACGAUGUCCUCGACGAUGCCCAUCAUCCCGCUGCGCACGGGGCCCGCCAGGCACACCAACACCAACGACAGGCACAACGUGUAGAGAAGAGCCCCAGCAAGGAGAGGGACAGCGGCAGGCAGAGACCGGCUCCUAUCUCGCUUGAACAGACGCCCUACAGUGCGGCGUCAGGAGGAGAACCGUUAGUAGAGACACCACAAGGCCAAGUCCUGAAAGCGCGGUUGGAGAGGGUGUUGUUGACGGGAAGGGUCGUUGAGGGGUCUCAGACGCAGUUGCAGAUGGAGGGGGAGAGUCAUACGAGGAUAAGUACUCGGAGGAGUGCUAGUGGGAGCAGGACCAGGACCAGUGAGAGUACUGGGAGGAGUGCGAGCGGGAGCAGGACGAGUUGGACGAACGAGGUGAGGGAUGAGGAGGGUGGGUGGCCGUGGCGCGCGCGAGAAAGGGAGAGGCAGGGCGAGAGGGACAGGAUGGAGACUUCGGGAGUUUCGAGCCCGCUCAACUCGUCUCAGAGCGGGAGUGGGAGCAGCAGCUCGCGGUCGUCGAAGCCACACGCUCAACACUCAGCUCAAGCACAGGUGCAUAGCAGGUCUCGGUCGCAGACGUACCCUGUCCCUUCAACCACCACCCCCAGCGCCAGUGUCGGUGUCGCAGCCACACCAGCGCUGACACCGCGUAGGGGCGGGACGGUGCCGAUGCUUUCUACUCCGACGACAGCGUCGAAGCCUAAGGACCUGCAGCAUACGGGCACGACCCCGCCCUUGGUGGCCUCCGGCGCAGGCUCUGGAGAGUGCGACAAGGAAGGAGACGGAGAGGAUGGCGAUGGAGAGCUGAAGUUGUUAACCCCACCACCGACGCCGCCGCACCAAACGAGGCUCUUUUCGUACGUCAGCAGCGCCAGAGCAGGAGCAGGAGGGGGGGAAGGAUACUGUCCGAGCCCGUACAAGACGCGGCAUGACCUCCCACAUCCAAGUGCGUAUGCUACGACCCGGAGGGUGCCUUUGCAUAGCGGACUCGGGAACGGCAGCGGACUCGGACUCGGCGUAGGUGGUAUAACGAGGAGACCGGCGCACGCCCCCCUAGGCGGCCAAUACUCCUCCUCCGACCCCGACCCCGACUCAGCGUCGUCGUCAGAGCUGACAUCCUCAUCCUCACGCUCCUUCCCGUCCUCGACGUACGCCAUCGCCGAUCCCUUGACCGCCAUUCCACCCCUCCCUCUAUCGCCCCCUGCCCACCCCUCCCAUCUCAACAUGCCCCUACCCAACGCGAAUGGGACCAUGAACACGCCCAUCCGCCCCCCCUUCAACGCGCGCAAAGCCUCCGAGCAGUGCCGCGCCAUGGACGGGUACGUGAGCUUCGCGAGCGUGGAGGGGCUGGGCGAGCCGCCUGCGGACCCGAUGUCGCCUGUCGACAGCCCGGAUGGGGCUGAGGACCAAAGUGGGAGAAGUGCGGCUGGGGUACUGGCUGCUGCGUGGGGUGGGGGGUGGAGGAAGUUGUUGGGCGUUGCGGUUGGUGGUGGUGCGGCGGCGGAAGGGGUGGGAGGGGGACAGAAGGAGAGUGGUGUUGUUGUGUAG